UUUCCCUCCUCCUUCCAUGAUGCCUCUUAAAGAGGGUCCUAAAUACCCGCUGCCUUGUUGGGGUGAUUACAGGACUUGCCUAGUUCAGCCGUGGACCUUUUCUUUGUACAACACACACAUCUCUGGAGAGAGGAGAUCUAAAUGUGGUUUUGGUGAAGAACAAAUUAUGACAUCAACAUCCAAAGGAAUUUUUCGGCCAUUUUUAAUUAUUUUCAUUGUGCUGGGUUGUUUCAUGGCAUUUUUACUUAUUUACAUCAAACCAACAAACAGCUGGAUCUCUGGUCCCAUAGAAUCAGCCAGCUCAGUUCUGAAAAUGAAGAGCUUCUUUUCUACCAAAAGCGAUUAUUUUAAUGAAACAACAAUACUGAUCUGGGUUUGGCCAUUUGGACAGACAUUUGAUCUUGCAUCUUGUCAAACAAUGUUCAACAUCCAGGGGUGCCAUCUAACUAUUGACCGCUCACUAUAUAACCGAUCUCAUGCCGUCCUUAUUCACCACAGAGACAUCAGCGGGGAUCUCACUAAUUUACCUCAGCAAGCUAGGCCGCCGUUCCAGAAAUGGAUUUGGAUGAACUUGGAGUCUCCAACUCACACUCCACAAAAGAGUGGCAUUGAACACCUGUUCAACCUGACCCUGACUUAUCGGCGUGAUUCAGAUAUUCAAGUGCCUUAUGGCUUCAUGAAGGUUAGCACAAGCCCAUUUGCAUUUGAAGUGCCAAGCAAAGAGAAGUUGGUAUGUUGGGUUGUAAGUAACUGGAAUCCCGAGCAUGCUCGAGUCAAGUAUUAUAAUGAGCUAAGCAAAUAUACUGAAAUCCAUACCUAUGGGCAAGCAUUUGGAGACUAUGUGAAUGAUAAAAACUUGAUUCCAACUAUCUCCACUUGUAAAUUUUACCUGUCCUUUGAAAACUCAAUCCACAAAGAUUACAUUACUGAAAAACUUUACAAUGCUUUUCUGGCUGGAUCUGUACCAGUUGUAUUGGGCCCAUCCAGAGAAAACUAUGAGAAUUAUAUUCCAGCAGAUUCUUUCAUUCAUGUCGAAGAUUUCCUCUCCCCAAGACAGCUAGCAGAAUAUCUUCUAAUGCUUGACAAAAAUAAUAAGCUGUAUCUUAGCUACUUUAACUGGAGGAAAGACUUCUCAGUGCAUCUUCCUCGGUUCUGGGAAUCACAUGCAUGCCUUGCUUGUGACCAUGUAAAGAGACAUCAGGAGUACAAGUCCAUUGGGAAUUUAGAAAAAUGGUUUUGGAAUUGAACUUUUUACCUUUUUGUGCAUUUUUUUCAAAGAAACUGACAUAAUCUGUAGCCUAAGUGGAGGUGGGAAGGAAAAAAAAAAUCUGUGUUUUAUGUCAGUUUUUAUCAGCUAUCCCCUCUUGGGGUAUCUUAUUUAUGUUUGUCAGAGAUUUUAAAAGCUCAGCAUCAGCAGUCAUCAAUACUCAGUUUUAAAUUAUACUGUAUAUAGCUAAUUAUGUGCACUGAAGAAUAAUUUAUUGUUUACUUUAGUUUUUAUUCAAGGGUUUUUUCACGUUUUCAGUCGAUUAUUUGUCCCAGUCUUACACAAGAUGUAGUGAUUUUUAACAUUGUGUUUUUUACUUUAGAUGAGCUAUUUAACAUGCGUGGAAAAUGAAGACAUCUUAAGAUAUCAUAGAGAAUUUUAAUGAAAUUGGUUUAGUUUGAAAUGGUUUAGUUUGAAAUUUGUGUAACUGGUUUAGUUUGAAAUUUGUGUAACAUUUCAAAAGACAAUAAUGUUUGUCAUGGUUUAAUUUCUGCUCUCUUAAAUUCUAAGAACACUCUAGAAUUGAAUACACUGCAUUACUUUAAGUGGUUCCUGUUUAUAAGGUAUAUGGAUUCAGAAAAAAUGUAUUAUAAAUAAGCUUUAAAAAGUUAUCACAAUAUAAGAGAGCCUUUGGGUUUUAAACAGGAAAAAGGUAUUCCCCUUACAGUUAGUUCCAUUACGAUACCUUGGAAAUAUAUGGAUUUGCUCUCAUCUCCAUAAGAUAGAGUACUGAGGAAUUGAGAAAAUUAAGCUCCCAAGUUAGUGUCUGAAGCCCUGAUUUGGUAAAGCAUUUAAGCACAUGCUUAAACUUAAGCAUGUGCUUUUUUGAAUCAGGGUCACAGGUAAUGUUACUUUAAAUACAGUUGAAUAAAUUGCAAUAUACUCAUUUGAUCACACUCACCUUUAUAACUAGAUGCUCAGCUCUUUUUCUUCUUCUUUUUUAACACUUCUCUAUUCAGAGUCAGCGAUGUUUAUAGCCUUCUUCCAAAACUCAUGGUUGUACGCCGAGCUAUCAUGCAGAUUGGUCACUCUGAGCUCUGCUGAUAUCCAGUCUGUGUACCAAAUCUUUGGUUGUCUUCCAUCCACAAUCACUGCAAGAGACAUCCUACUGAUACAUCUGUACAGGCUCCACUGGAUAUGCCUAUUAUUCAAAAAAAAAUUGGAAGAUUUUGCAAUUUUUAUAUGUUCUGAUUAUUUGCAAAUUAUUCACCCAACUCUAUAAAAGUCUGUUCCAACUUUAAUUGAACUUUAAUCACAGCUGGAUAGCAUCCUGAAGUGGGUGAAUAAUGUGAAGAAAUAUUGAUUGAAUAUUUUAUUAGAAAAAAAUUGUGAAACUAAUUACAUACAUUAGAUUAUUAUUCAACCUGCUCUAGUUAGAACAAAGGCUCAGUUUGUUUUUAGGGGGUUUUCUUGCUGUUUUGAAAGUACGUAAUAUGAAAGGUAUUUUUAAAAAGUAUCCAUCAGAACAAUGGAUAUUAUCAAGAUUUCAGUAUAAAUAUGUUCAUAGUAUUAUGUGUGCUAUCAUAGCAAAUUCUGAAAUGCAGUUUUGUCAUUAUUGUUUUUAAUAUGUCUAUUAAUAUGUGCAUUAUUUGGAUUCAUUAUCCUGUAACCUCAGCAACUAGGAUUAAAACUCCCAAUACUAUAGAUAAUCAUAGAUCUGGUGGUUUAAUAAUGUAGAUGUAUUUUAUACUAAGAUAAAGCCACUGUACAUAGUUCUUGAUGGCAACAUGUACUUAUCACCCACAGCUCCCACAGCUGACUUGUAGACAGCUCUUAGACUCAAGCCCCUUUAUUUUGAUAUGAUCUCAGUCAGGUUUGACUAUGUACAUCUGAAUAUACUAACUGUAUAAGAUAUACUGUAGUAUAAGAACCUGAAAAGAAAUAAUUGUUGAAGGAGAACUUUAAGGGAACAUACUCAAGGCCCAGAUUCUGAACUGGUGUAGAUCAGCAUAGUUCCAUUGACAGCUACUGGUUAUGGAUCUGAUCCAAACUUAACAUCCUUAAAUGAAAGUAAAUCAGAGGCAGAAAGUUUGGACUAUGCCUAAACAGAAUGGCAGCAUCCCUCUAGAUUUAGUUUAAUCUAAAAAGUAGUCAGCAGCUGAAAUAAAGCAUGAAGAAAGAACCCAAAAAUUUAGAAAAAGGAAGAAAAUAUAAAAACUUACAUCAGGAAAAAGUACAGCUUGAAUAAUAUUUAAAGCCCUGAUCCAGCAAAGCACUUAAGGGCAUACUUAAUUUUAAGCAUGGGUGUAAGUGCUUUGCUGGAGUGGGGCCUAUGUCAGCAGUUGAUGUUUAUGGUAAACAUUGGGUGAAUGAUAUGUUAAUUUCUGUGUUACCUCCUUGUAAUCGAAGAUGGAACACAAAUGCUGAAUGGUGUAAAAGAACGGUAAACUUAAGAACAUAACAUGGAACACUGAAUGAAAAGGUUAUAGAACUAUGAACUAGACUUGAUCUUUUACCUAAGAGUUCAAAAGUUGCUUUCAUGAUUCAAAUAUUUAAUUAUGCCCAUUUAUUGCUAAGUCUUAAAAGGUUUACUUACAGCAUACUGUGAAUCUCCUAAAUUCACCAAUACUGCAGUAUGAAAUAUAAAGGGACAGCUCAUGUUGUGCAUUAAUCUGAUAGAAUGAAAUCCAGUCCUCAAAGAAAGUUACUAUCUAAAAAGAGAACUCACCCACGUGUAAAAUAUAUGGGUAGUAUUUCUAUAGUGUACAAAUUACUAUUACAAGGUAAAAAUCAGGACACUUUUUCAUCUUUUUUUUUUCUUCAGGAGGCAAGUAAAUUCACAGCAUUUUAAUGUACCACACCGUUUUGAAGUAAUCUGUGACCAGAUCCAGCUGAUUCUGAAGUUUGAGAGUCUUUGUAUUGACUGGUUCAAUGCCUUGGUGAACUGUACAUAGUCUUUUAUUUCUUUUCAGCUAAUUGAAGUUGUCUUACAUGUUAAAAGCCCUUAUAUCAAGUCAAAACUAGUCCCCUGGCUUCAGGACUCAGCUGAUGUACUUGUCAUAUUAACAACAAGAAGCCAUAAUGAUGAGACAAGAAGGUGUAUGUUUUGUUGCUACAGAAACCAUAGGGUACCAAUCUAGCAAGGCACAUAAGAACAUGCUUAACUUUAAGCACAUGAGUAGUGCCAUCAGUCAGAGUUGGAUCAGGCUCAGUGGGACUAUUCUAGUGCUUAAAGUAACGAAUAUGUUGAAGUGCUUUGCUGGAUCAGGGCCUAAGUUUGUAUCUUCUGUGUAUUUUCACACUAUCCUUCACGUUCAGAUUAGGUCUCUCACGGUGUCUUGAGUGUUAGUGAGAAAAUCAGAGAGAAACCUAACAAAGAGCUAAAUGAGCCAAAAAAUAUACACAAGUCUUUAAAAAGUGAUGCUAUCCUAAUACAUUGCCAGCUCUGCUGAAAGGUGAGGCUGGGACAUAGAUAAGCCAGGCACUCCAUAAAUAACCCAACAAGGACAAUACAGCCCCCCCUUUAAAUCAUGAGGAAAUAAGUCGCCACUUAACUCCAAGGAGAUGGCUUCAGGCAAGGGGCUUGAGAUCUUUUGAGCAAACAGGAGGGAGGGUCUCAGGCUAGGCCACACCAGCCCAAGUCUCCUCUGUAGUUUGACAAAUACUUGAGAGCUUAAUAUUUUUACAGAACUCUUGUGCUCGGUGAGUCUGACCUGAUCAGUAUGCUCUAAAAUUGGCUUAGGGUUUCUAUUACACUGCAGACUGUAAACUCUUUGGGGCAGGGACUGUCUGUGUAUUGUACACUGCUGUGUACGUGAUUGCCUUUUAACAAAUAGUCGGUCGUAUUUCACAAUUACAACCAUAGAGCUUGUUAACAUUCCUUUCUGAUUACGUAAUAUCUUGCCAUUUUACCUCAGGCAAAGUACCCACUGAUGUUAAUGAGUGUUCCGCUGACAAAGAUCUCAGAAUCAGGCACAAUUACUUUUUUGUUUGCUGGCAGUAGGAUUCUUGCUAUGUCCAUUAAAUAUAAUUGCACAUAUAGGUGUACACAGUUUGGUUUUAUUGUUUUAAAUAAGAUCUUGCCACAAUGCAUGUGGUGGCUCUGAGCCUUGAUCACCAGGGGUGCUGCAUUAAUUUGUUUAGUUCUUUCCCUUUGUGCUCAUUCUUGGAGGGGAAACAUGAAGAAAAUUGAUGAAUUGGUCUCUUUUCUAUUUCUUCUGAAUGUACACUGUCAAGAAUUCUCAUGUGGAGGAGAUUUCUUUUGGUCACUUAUUUUUCAAGGGACUGGCUAACCAGGUUAUUUUAAAAAAGCAAAUGUUUUUUUCUCUUAUUGAAUUACUCCUGUCAGAAACACUCCAUCCUUUGUGGAGAUUUAUAGAAUUCUCUGCCUGCUAAGUUACCAUACCAAAGGGCUAGAGUUAGUCUGGCAGGACAUGGUAGGAUGUGUGGCCAUACACCAAAAAUAUUUAAUAAUCUAUGUUUUCUUUUAAUUAACAAUAACAACAAAUUUGCUUUACCCUUUUCUGGAUCUUUUUCUUUCCUUCUUUCCUUGUUGCUGAGUUUUCUUUCUUCCACAGAAGAUGAAAAUCCAACUUCAAAUCAGGUUUACCACUUUGUAAAAACCGGUCAACAAAUUAAAAUAAGCUAAGGAGCACACUUGUGCUGCUAGUACAUCUGUUAUAACCAUUGUCAUAUUCAAUCCCACUGGCGCUGCUUGACAUCUCAGCUUUAAUAGAAGAGUCUAACGGUUCAAUCAUAGCGUGAUCGAAGUUAUUGAGAAUUCUUUCAUCGACUUCUAAGAGGUUGGGAUUAGAAAUAUUUCUUCCUAAUAUCAUGCCUGGUGACAGCCAAUUCCAUUCGGAUGGAAAAAUGCAGAUGCAGCAGAUGUAAUUGUUGGUGCCUCUCCUUUCAGACAAUGACAGCUUUUUUGGGAUGGUGGAUCUUGACUUUUGGAAGUGAAAGUUUUUUUCUUUAGAUGCAAACUUGAUUACUCUAAAGAAUUGCUUCCAAGAAAUCAGUCAAUUAAUGCUAUAAUUAGUGCUUUCCACAGAACAGUGCUGUUCUCGGGAAAAAAUUCCCUAAUGGCAGACAGAGCUGUCCCUAGGGACCCUGGGCAGCAUGGGGCCAGCAGCCCGGAGCCCCUGGACUUCCAAGAGCUAAGCAGAUCAAAGCAAGCAUAUCUAUC